AACAUGUGGUCGAGGAAAUCUCUGUUUCAAUUACCUCGCAAGGAUUUAAAAAUUCCUUCAAAAAAUAAUCUCCACGCUUUAUCAAAUUCCCAAGUUAUUUCUGAAACUGAAAAUUUUAUGAGGUUUGCAAUUAUGUCGUCCCUUCAACAGCGACACUGAUUUUUUGGAGCAAUCGCUGGAUAGAAACAAAAUUUACUCUUACGUAUUCGUGAAAGUUCUCUCGUGAUCGUCAGUUUUUCAUUCAUCAUUCGCUUUCCAAUUAACAAUGGCACAACAGAAAGCUGAAUCUCACUCUUUAUCGUAGGCAUUCUCUCAUUCCAAUGAAUUGGGAGUACAAAGACCCGAAUCGAAGUAGUAUAUCUUUGCUGAAUUGGAAAUACGAGAGCUGAAUAAUUCUUGACAAUCUGGGACAGCUUCAAAUUUCUAAGAAUUUUUAUCUGAAAUAGUUGGGAUAAUUCGGGGCAAUUGAGAAGAUGGCAGUCCUACAGCCUCAAGUACUCGCAAAUGCUCCUAAAUUUCAACCAGCGGAAGCAAAUAGGUUGUCUCGAACCGCAGACCUCAAAAUGCGAGGGGUUAAACGCCAGUCGAGGGCCUUAUGUAGGGGAAGAUCGGGCGGCAGAAGUUGUGCAAGAAGAAUUGAAGUUAGAGCAAAAGCGGAGACGACAGAGGUUGAUCUAUCGGGAGAGUCUGUUGCAGACGACUAUUAUGCUGUGCUUGGUGUGAUGCCAGAUGCAACGCCAGGAGAGAUCAAGAAAGCCUAUUACAACUGUAUGAAAGCUUGCCAUCCAGAUUUAAGUGGUAAUGAUGACGAGACAACAAAUUUCUGUAUGUUUGUUAAUGAAGUUUAUGAGAUAUUGAGUGAUCCUGUGCAGCGAAAGGUCUAUGAUGAAAUACAUGGGUAUUCUUUGACGACAAUUAAUCCCUUUUUGGACGAUUUUCAACCAAUGGACCAUGUAUUUGUUGAUGAAUUCUGUUGUAUAGGUUGUAAAAAUUGUGCAAAUAUUGCUUGUAAAAUAUUUAACAUUGAAGAAGAUUUCGGACGGGCAAGAGCAGUUUGUCAAUCAGGAAAUCCUGACUUAGUUCAACAGGCUAUUGAUUCCUGUCCAGUUGAUUGUAUACAUUGGACAACUGCUGCACAAUUAUCACUUUUGGAAGAUGAAAUGCGUAGAAUGGAGCGCGUAAAUGUAGGUUUGAUGCUUUCAAACAUGGGCGGUCCAACUCCUGAUGUUUUCGCAAGGGCAUCUUAUCGAUGGGAAAAGCGCCAAGCAAGAGUUUUGGAGCGUGCCAGAAUGAAGAUGAUGAAGGAGAAGCGUGCUGGUAAGGCACCAUCAUAUUGGGAUAGUAUGCGGGGUGGUGACAGUCAAGCGACCUAUCAAAGUACAGAUAACAAUGUCCGUGAGAGAGCUAGUAGAGCUGCAGCAGCAGCAAGAAAGUGGAGAGAAUAUUCGAGGAAAGGUGUCGAUCGGAGACCAACAUGCAGCCUUCCUGAGAGCAAGUCAGCUGAGGAAGAUCAGAAAGAAAUGCAAAAUGUGUGACGGCAAUGUAAUAUUAGACUGCAGCGAAAAGUAUCUCAUUAAAGAGGAUAUCAUGUGGCAACUCAAACAUUAUAUUCCACGUGGUAAAUGUAUUCCUUGUAUGAAAUUGAAUGUAUAGAAGCAAUCUAAUUAAUGUAUAAUAGUAGGUCGAAAUUAAACUUUCCAAUGAAUGCAUAUAAUUGGCUUGAAGGGGAGCCAUAUAGAUAACGAAGUACCUAUAGGUAUUGAAUGUAGCCAAUCAAUCAGCUUCGUUGCCACAAAAGGGAUACCCCACAGGAGGUGUGUGUGACUGUAGCCAAUCAAUCAGCCAUCAUUGCCACAGAAAAGUAUAUUCUACAGGAGGUAAACUACUUAAAUACAAAUUGCAUUAGAAGUUUACAGGUUUAUCUUUUAGCUUAUCACUUUGAAUGUCAAAGGCAUCAAAGUUACAGGUUUACGCAUAAUAUGGUAGGAGUGAAUAUUAAAGGAAAAAUUUGUACCAAGUAAAUAAUAAGAAUCCAUUAAAUGGUUAAAUAUAAGAUUAUCAGAUAUCACUUCUUA